AUGAAUACAGUUGAAAGUCUUGUGGAUCGGGCACGUCAUAUAUCGUUGAACCCAGUGGAUAAAUUCCACGCAACGCUUGAUUCACACCUCCAAAAUAUCUACGAAUCUCUCACAAAGUCUCCAGACAAAAAAGCGGAGUUUUUAAAAACUGCCGAUGUCCUUCCAACUACAGAUCCUCUGGUUUCGCUGGAUGCAUUCCGUGCUUACAUGAAAGAUGCGGCUUCGUGUGCCCAAGCACCAGCCAAGCAGCUGGAUGUCUCAGCGCCCAUCUCGGAUUAUUACAUUUCGUCCAGUCACAACACUUAUUUGACGGGUAAUCAACUGUAUAGUGAUGCUGCUGCUAGUGCAUAUACGUCGGUAUUACUGCGGGGCUGCCGUUCUGUCGAGAUUGAUGUUUGGGAUGGAGAAACUGAAGACUCAGAUUCUAGCGAUUCAGAAUCAUCUAGUGAUGAUGCCAAAGAAAAAAGUGGAAGCUUGAAAAGCAAGGUCAAAGGAAAACUCAAGUCCAAACUCCACUCCGAAGCAAGUUCUGGUGCGGGAUUGAAGCAUGCUGUUUCUUCUAGGUUGGAAGAGGCGUUGCAGCGCCGCGAAGCCACCCGGAAUGAGAAUCGUACUGCCAAUUCUGCUUCGAACCAGCAGCUCAAACUGGUGGAGCCUCGCGUUCUGCAUGGAUAUACAUUGACCAAAGGCACUACCUUCCGCGAGAUUUGCCAUGCUAUUCGUGAUAGUGCCUUUGUGGUGAGUGAUCUACCCGUUAUCGUCAGCCUAGAAAUUCAUGCUUGCUUAGAGCAGCAGCAAAUGAUGGUUGAUAUCAUGAAAGAUAUUUGGAAGGGGCUGCUUGUUGAGGUUCCGGAGGGUCAGGUUAAUGAAUUGCCAACACUGGGACAGUUGAGAAGGAAAAUCCUGGUCAAGACGAAAUCACUGCCUCUUCCUGGAACGGUGGAAAAGCCCGAAGUUCCAAAAACCAAUGCCCCUGAACUCACAGAAAAUGUCGCCAGUACUCAGCUUGCUGAGGACGAAACUCAAAAACCAGCUAAGCCUUCCAAGGUUCUCGAAGCCCUGGCCCAAAUGGCGGUAUACACUCAAGCGUAUCAUUUUAGUCAGUUCGAACAACCAGAGGCAAAAAUCCCAGUGCACAUAUUUUCACUAUCUGAAAAUGCAGCUCGCGAGGCCCAUGAGAAUCAACGCGCGGCGUUAUUCGAACAUAACCGUGUAUCAAUGAUGCGGAUUUUUCCCUACGCAUUCCGCGUCACAUCCUCUAAUCUUGACCCAUCUUUCUUCUGGCGCAGAGGUGCGCAGAUCGUAGCGUUGAAUUGGCAAAAGUUCGACAAAGGCAUGAUGCUGAAUGAGGGCAUGUUCUGCGACACACCGGGUUGGGAACUCAAGCCUCCAGGCUACCGAAGCUCCGAGUCCUCCUCAGACAUCAUUGCUCGUAGGUCACUUGAUUUGACAAUUGAGAUUUUCGCUGCACAAGAUUUGUCACUGCCACAAGGCGAUCAUGGGAAAUGGUUUAAUCCCUAUGUCAACUGUCAGCUGCAUGUCGAGGAGCCAGACAGUCCAGUUGCGACUGGACGUGACGACGCAAGUUCCGACGAGGAAAAAAGCAGUUACAGGCGUUGCACGAAAAAGUCAGCGGGCACGAACCCUGAUUUCAAGGGGCAAAAGCUAGAGUUCCCGACUGUGGCUGGAGUGAUAGAAGAGUUGAGUUUCGUUCGGCUCAAAAUUAAGGAUGAGGAGAUAGGUCGUGAUUCCUUGGCUGCGUGGGCGUGUAUUCGGCUUGACCGGUUACGAGAAGGAUAUCGACUCCUCCAUCUUCGUGAUCGUACUGGAGCAAAAGCAGGGGGAGUUUUAUUGGUUCAUGUCACAAAGCGUAUUUCCUGA